GAACAAAUGUCUUAAGAAAAAGAUUAAAUGUUUUUCAGUAUCUUUUAUCAUGCUAAGAAAACCUUCAAGACCGGUAGACUUCGCUCCCUCGUUCUUCUUUACAUUUAAUUUACCAUUAAUCACUUUUCUUAGACAACACUGAACAAGAAGAAGAUGUCAAGAAAUCCAAACACUCUGUUCUUAGACAAAUUCCUCCUAAACCUCACCUCCAGCAAAUCCACCUCCCAAUCCACCACCUCCUCCGCAAAAUCCAUCAUCCAAGCUUGGUCUCAACUCCGAAACGCCCUUCAAAACUCUUCAUUCAAUCAACACCAUCACCACCAUCUCCAAACCCUAGUCAAUUCCCAAACCUCCCUCCAUGUCGCUGAUCCACAAGCAAAACUCCUCCUUUCCAUUCUCACUUCUUCCAAUUUCUCUCUCCCCCAUCAUUCCCUCCCUCUUUGUUUCCGCCUCCUUUACAUAUGGAUACGAAAAUCCACUAAACCUAGUUUUGAUAUCAUUGAUUCGGUAGUGGAGGUUAUCUCCAAGAUGUUUUUAUCUUCUCAUACUCAAUUUGAUAACGUUUUGUUAUUCUCUGAAGCUAUUUUACUUCUGGGUGCUUUUUCUUUUGUGCAUUCUUUAUCUGAGAAUACUAAAAAUCUCUGCUUGGAUGUUUUUUGUAAACUUUUGGUGGAUAAAUGUAGGCUGGUUUGUUUGUAUGAUGAAUUUUUGGCUAAUGUUCUUGCUGGGAUUGGGUAUGCUUUGUCGUCGUCUUCUGUGAGUGUUCAUUUUGUAAGAAUAUUGGAAUGUUUGUUUGGAAUUUGGGGGAAAGGUAAUGAUGGGCGUCGAGGUAGUGUUGCGGAUGGACUCAUGGUUCUUUAUUUGAGUGAUUGGGUUGCGUCGAAUUUGAUUAGUUUUGGGUUUUGGGAUAAAGCAAAUGUUUUUGCGAGAGAAAUUUUCGGGGGUUUUAAGGAAAAGUAUGCAUCGUUUGCUGUUUUUAUGUCGGGGGUUGGAGUUUUGAGAGUUAGUGAUAGGUAUGCUUCUUCGACUGGUGUGAAAUUGGAUGUUGUUGCUAGAAUGAGGACUUCUGCGAUUAUUCGGGUGGAGGCUUUAGUAAGUGAUUUGGUUUAUAGGACAAUAGGAUUUGGUAGCUCCUGCAGUGAUAUUCAAGAUAGAAUUUUGCUUCAGUGUGUUUCGAUAGGAUUGACUCGAACAGUUUCAUUUUCAGGCCAUUCCUCGUUGUUUGUUUGCCUUGGUUUGUCGUUGUUAAGUGAGGUACUUCCAUUGCCUCGUCUUUAUGAAUCCGUGUUUGAAUUGUCGCCGAGUUCUGGUGAACUAAAGGUUAAUGAGAUCAAAGAACAUCUAGAUAAUAUCCUCUUUAAGGAAGCAGGAGCUGUAACCGGAGUUUUCUGCAAUCAAUAUGUUUUAGCAGAUGAAGAAAAUAAGAAUAUAGUGGAGAAUCUUAUAUGGGAAUACUGUCGUAAUAUUUACUAUGGACACAGGAAAGUGGCUAUGCAUCUUAAGGGCAAUUACGAUGAGUUGCUUAAGGAUUUCGAAAAAAUUGCGGAAUCGGCUUUCCUUAUGGUUGUAGUCUUUGCGCUAGCUGUAACAAAGCACAAAUUGAGCUCGAAAUUUGAUCAAGAAAUACAAACUGACGUCUCGUUGAAGAUACUAGUAUCGUUUUCUUGCCUGGAACAUUUUCGCCAUGUACGCUUGCCAGAGUACAUGGAGACUAUUCGCAAGGUUAUUGCAAGUGUUAACAAGAAUGAGCAUGCUUGUACGUUUUUUGUGGACUCCAUACCCUCUUAUGGUGACUUGACAAAUGGGCCAGACCAGAAAACCAAAUACUUAUGGUCCAAGGAUGAAGUGCAAACAGCUCGUGUUUUGUUUUACCUACGGGUCAUUCCAACUUUGAUAGAGUGUUUGCCAGCCCCAGUAUUCGGAGACAUGGUAGCUCCAACUAUGUUCUUAUAUAUGGAACAUCCGAAUGGAAAAGUAGCUCGAGCUUCUCAUUCUGUCUUCACUGCAUUUAUGUCUAUGGGGAAAGAAUCUGAAAAAAACGAUGGAGUCUCUUUGAAGGAGAAUCUCGUUUUUCAUUACAUACAAGUAUCCUUAUCGGGAUAUCCUGGCAUUACUCCUUUUGAGGGAAUGGCAUCUGGAGUUGUAGGAAUGGUCCAACAUCUUCCUGCUGGAAGCCCUGCCACUUUUUAUUGCAUUCAUACUCUUGUUGAAAAAGCGAGUCAGCUUUGUUCUGAAGUCUUCACUCAUGAGGCUGAUGCGUGGAAGCAGUGGCAAGGAGAGCCAGAACCUAGCAAGAAAUUAUUGGACUUGCUUUUACGUCUAGUUUUCCUUGUUGAUAUUCAAGUCCUACCCAACUUGAUGCAACUAUUGGCACAAUUGAUUACCAAGUUACCACAAGAUGCACAGAACAUAGCUUUGAAUGAGUUGUAUUCACAAGUGGCUGAUUCCGAUGAUGUUGUCCGCAAACCCAUGUUGGUUUCAUGGCUGCAGUCAUUAUCUUACCUUUGCACAAUGGCUUCAAAUCAAAGUUCCGCCUCCCGAAAAAGUAAAAGUGAAGACCCACUAAGCGAUGGAAGAAUUACUGCACAUCUCUAAGAGAUUCGGUCCAAUUUUUAAUUUUCGCUGUCUGUAGCAACUGAGAAGUUUUUGUACACGGUAGAUGCAAAGGAGUCCAUAUUAGAUAUAAGGUUAGCUCAAGAAUUGGCUUUUAAUCAAACAGAACACGAUUGAAGCCGAUGCAGAAACUGAAACCUGAUUACUCCCGUAUGAUAUUGGCCAGGGUUGAACAAGUUCAAUGCUAAUGAGAAUGGUAAUCAUUCUCCAUGCCCAUGGGACUUUUGUUUGAUAAACAGAGGGUAUGCUAUCUAAUUAGGAAAGGGAAGAGCUUUUGUAAUUAACACAGCUUUAGUAUGGUAUAACUAUUGUAUAUAUGAUAUAUGAAGUUAGAUAUAAAUACUUCUAAAUGCA